AUGCGCCGUCCCCGCUUCCUCAAAUAUCCCGAGGAGCAAUUCAGAAAGUUCAGAAAGCACGCUGAAGUCGAGAUAUAUUGUCUGCGCAACGUGACCAAGGACCAAUUUGGCCGCUUGAACGAUGCGUUGAUCAUUUUGAAUAUUCUACCCACUUCGAAGAAUGAUGCUGAACUCGGUAAGGAGACGCGCGAGCUGACUCAAGUGAUGGUAGCUACAAAAGAGACAAACCUUUAG